AGGACGCCCCGCCGAACGUCCUCUAAUGGCAAAGCCUCUCCGCUCUCCCAUCCCCGGCCUGCCCCUCCUCCCCGCGUCCCUCCUCCUCGCGCUCUUCCUCCUGCUCUCUCCGUACUCCUCCCCCUGGCUCCCGCCCUCGCCGCUACUGGCGGCAGCCCAGCCCACAGCGGCAGCAGCAGCAGCAGCAACGGCGUCGGCGACGGGCAGGGAGGUGGGGCGCGCGCAGGAGUCGGGGUUCUGUGACCGCUUCGUGCGCCCCUAUGGGCUGCAGUGCCGCGAGUACCAGAUCACCACCAGUGAUGGGUACAUUCUGAGUAUCCAGCGCAUCACCAACACGUCUGUCACCGCGCCUCCCAUCACCAUGCCCGUCGCCUCCACUUCUGCUGCUACCAUAACUCCGUUCACCACGACUACCACACCCACGCCUACUCCCACCAACGCCGUUUCUGCGGCCGGUGCGGCUGCUAUGGCAGCAGCCGAAGCAGCAGCGCGGACAGUGAGUGCAGCCGCUGCAGGCUUAUUCGCUCCCUCUGCCACCACCAGGGCAACCACCGCCACCACCCCUGCUACCACCACCAGCACCACUACUCCUACUGUUGCUGCAACCUCACGCCCAGCAACAGCAGCAGAAGCAGCAUCAAGCGCUGCUGUGCCUGAGCUUCCGUCCCUGCCGUACGGUCGUCCCAUGCUUCGCCCCCAGCAGCAGCAGCUCCAGCGCCAGGAGCUGACUACCACCAGUCUCCCCUCCACCCAGCCCCUCUCCCAGCCUCUCGCCCAGCCUCUCGCCCAGCCUCUCGCCCAGGCACGCUCCACCUCCCAGCCACAGGCGCAAACCCAGGCGCGUGUGCUGCCGCGGUACCCGGUGCUGCUGUCCCACGCCAUGUUCAUGGCCAGCGACCUCUGGUUCGCCUUCUCCAACCAGACCGGCUCCGACCCGCUCAUUGCCAAGCGCGUGCCCGUGGGGCUGUGCAACCGGGGCUUCGAUGUCUUCCUGCUCAACCACCGCUCCACUGAGUUCUCCCCGGGUCAUGUCGCCUACAACACCCGCCAGUGGCAAUACUGGGACUGGGACUUUGACCAGCUGGCCACCAUCGACAUUCCAUCAGCGAUCGAGCUCGUGCUGGGAGUGACAGGCGCGCCCAAGGUGCAUCUGCUGGGCUUCAACGAGGGAGGCAUGCUGCCCUUCGCCCUGGGCAGCACCUCCCCGCGCUACCUCGAGCGUGUCACUGCGUCCGUGGCGUCUGUGGCGCCAACUGUCUUCUUCCAGAACGUCAAGUCGCCUGUGCUUCGCCAGUGGGCACUCGGGCCCUCGCCUGACGCUGCCGUGUACCAAGCUCAUCUCCUGUACGGCGCAUACAAUGUUUCUGCCACGGAGAUCCUAUCGGGCAUACUGGAGGCGGUGGGGUACAACAUGCUCACCUACUUUGUCACCACGGGCGACCCCCAGGACCUGCUCACCAACAUCACAGGCACCCCAUGCUGCACGGACCCUAUGGAGCCCCCUGCUGCCCCCACGCCCGGGUGGAUUGCCACGUCAUACCGCAACCUCAUUCACUACCAGCAGCUGAUCCGCAAUGGUCUCUUCCAGCAGUGGGAUGCACUCAGUGCGCAAGCCAACAUGGACCGCUACGGCGCUGUCUCCCCUCCCAUGUACUACCUAUCCAACAUGCCCGCUGGGGUACCCAUUCUCAUCAUGAGUGGUGGCGGCGACUGGUUUGCAGACCCACCCAACAUCCAGAAGCUACUAUCGCAGCUCAGGCCUGCAAGCACCACCAGUGCUGGUGCUGCUGGUCCCACCGUGACUCAUUUGGAGCUGCCUAGUUACUCUCACCUCGACUUGCUGUUGAGCGAGACUGCAGUGCAGGAUGUGCAUGUUCCGCUUAUUGAGUACCUUGAGACGGGCUAUUUGGGCGGAUAG